ACAACCGGAGAUUGUGUGGCUGAAAUGCCCACCGUGCACAGUACGGAAAAAACACAAACACGCAGAACACCGUGGGAACACAAUCAUGGUGUAAAUAUUCAAGCUGUUUGGUGCCAAAAGUCGCCGAACAUUUCUUUUGUAGCUGAGAAGGAAUGAGCCUUUCUACAGUGGUAAAUUACGCCGCGAUUUUGGUGAGAACGUGGUGGAAAUGCGGACAAAACACUGCUUUGCUCUUUGAUUAUAUCGUGUCGGCCCAAUCGGGAAAGUCUCGCGGACCGGUGAGAAAGGAAGAAAAAGGAAGAAUUAAAACAAAACCAUAAAAUCAAUAGUCUCUUUAUCAUAAAUGGCAGAUUUGGCUGAUAAACCUAGAUCUGAGCUAUCUGAGCUUGAAUUACAACAGCUCGAAGAAUACGAGUUCAGCAAUGGGCCAAUGUCGUUGCUCAAAGAAGCAGUCGAGACUCAUUCACCAGUUAUCAUCAGUUGCAGAAACAAUCACAAAUUGAUAGCCAGAAUCAAAGCAUUCGAUAGGCACACAAACAUGGUCCUAGAAAACGUCAAAGAACUAUGGACAGAGAUUCCAAGAAACAGCCAUGGUAAAAAAUUGAAGCCCAUUUCAAAAGAGAGGUUUGUAAGUAAAAUGUUUCUCAGAGGCGAUUCAGUAAUAGUGGUCUUUAAAGCUCCAGUUGUUUAAUUUUUUUUGAAUGAUUCACAAUCAAUCACCAUUACACAUCUCUCUGGGCACUGAUAUACCUUCUCUCUCAACAGGGACUUUCUUUUUGGCAAGCAAUUGAGUACAACCACACCAAACCUGUUCAGGUCAUUUAUCUCCACUCCUCUUCAGACACAUUUGCUUUGUUUAUACACAUUUAAUUCAUAUUUAAAUAGUUUAGCUACUUUGUAGUUUCUACUCCCUGCCAUCACAUAUUGGUAUAUUCAGAUAUAAAUCAGCUACUCAAUCAGCUACUCAAUCAACUAUCAACUUGGAACUUACUCAAAAUGAUGAUCGAAUCGAAUCUCAUGAAGCACUUGCUCUCCA